GGGGGUGUAUAAGACAUCUCCCUUUGUGUUAUCAUUUCAUCGCCAGCCCCAGACAUGUGCACAGAACUUGUCUUUAUCUCCCAACCCGCGAGACAGUGUAAGGAUGUCCAGGAUGUCAAAAUGGCAUCCAAGAUGGAUUCACGGCAGUGGCAGAGACUGCGUGCUCUCGUCAUAGAUUCAGCCGCCAGGUUUCUCAAUAUACAAGAUAGAUAUGAGCACCAGGACCCCGAAAUGGUUCGUUUGUUCUACCAGGCGGUUCAUGCUACGUGGCCAGAAGUUGCAGAAAAGUAUCCCAAUUCUUGGGUUCUAGUUUGGUACUUAAGGAUAUAUUUGUUGAAACGAGUAUACCGGAAACACUGGUAUGAGCGUAAAAUCGCUCGUGAGAGGGCUGGCAGCCAAGUCCGACAACAGCCCAGACGCCUUCGCACAAAAAACACAAAUCGAUUGUCCGUCCGUCAACUCAAUACCGCUGCUUCACAAGCCUGUGUAGCCACGAGAACUCGAAAGAGGGCUACUGCCCGUGAUCGACAUGCCUUCCCAUCUGGUCCAGAAAUCACGGCGUCACCCACAAUGCAUUGCUCUCCUGUCAUCGCUCCCCAACGCAGCGGGAGCUUAUCUUCUCCCGCCUCAGCACACUCGCACGGCGUAUUACCCGUUCAAAGCUCUCAUGCAGUUUUUCAGUUUCUUAACUCCAUGACACCCAGUCUGGUAAAACUUGUUCCGGAUUUCCUUUCUGCUGGAAUUUAUGAUCAAAACCAUCUGGAGGACUUCUUUACAUGGCCCGAGAAGGCUCAACGUAACUUUCUUCUCAAGACAUUUAUCGGAAGAAUGAACGCGUUGGAGUUGGGAACGAUGCUGAUAGCGUUGAACUCUAGACGCCGUAGUUAGGUUGAUGCUACAGUUACUAUUGCUCCACAUUCAACUUGUUCUUCGACUACACCUUUGAUGUCACUUACGACAACCUUACGAAACCUUACGGUAUUUCUUUCUGAAGUAGUGGCUGUGUAGCUUCUGAUUUCAACAACGCCAAACAAGCAUGCAUUUGUUAGUACUUAGUACACGUCCGUGACAUUCUAUCGCACUGCAGCACUAGUACUAGGGUAAUUCUUCCUACUUAUCCACCUUCUGGGACGUUAAGUAUAUUAUGGGAAUCGAGUCACUGAGCGACGAGACUAUGACUCCCGAGGUGGUUCCAUUCACCAACGG